UUUGUUAAACCCAAUACACAUUGCUGGAGUGCAACGUCUGACUUGUAUGUGGGCUGCAAAGGAGGACAACUAUUGUCCAUUAAUCCAGAAACACAGAUGGUUACAGUUCUUAGCCCAGUGGAUUGGCAAACAGCUGAUGAAUUGCCCAGAGGUACUGUUAUGAAAGGAAGCAUAAACAGUGUUGUACUUUACAAAGAUGGACUCUACGUAGCUGGAAGUGAAGGCAUUUUGUGGUCAUGUUCCGUAAAGGGUUCAGAAUGUAAACUUGAACAAUGCUGGGAUGCAAAGGAACCCAUUGAAAAUAUUGCUUUCUCCAGUAAUUACAGGAUUCUUUCCAUUGCAACAAGCAAGGGUUCUGUAUAUAUAUACAACCACAAACAUUCUCAAGACCCUAUCCAAAUUCUUAACGCAUACAAUAAGGGA